AAGAUGUGGACGGUGUGCGCACGCUUGGCAAAGGGUAAACAUUCGUGUGUCCCUGAGCUUUGAGGGAGGGAACGGAGAGAACUGUCAGAGAGGAAGAGGGGGAGAACGAGCGAGCGAAUGAGAGAGAAAGCUUGCAACCAUCACCGUGCACUGCAAUACCGGAUUGUACUUCAGCUGGAGUUAGUGGGGUUUGCAGCUUUAAAUACAUCAAAACAGAACAAAGAGAACGCGUCUGCGGCACAAUAAAAGAACACGCUAAAGAAAGGGGGGAAACAAAAAGGAAAAAUCUUGGCGGCAAAAUCGCAAAAGAGCAAAGGAUCCUUCGUCGAUAUAUAUAUAUAUAUAUAUCUCUAUAUAUAUAUAUAUAAAAAUUUUUUUUCAUUGAACAAGGAGGAACUUCAAAAAGGAUUCAGUUUUUUCGGGUGGAGAGUGCAAAAAGCUGCACAGGCACAAAAAGUUUGCAGGCAAAACAACAACAAAAAAAUCUAUUUUAAUUUAACAUUUGAAAACAAACUUUUCUGAAGACUGUUCUGGGUAUCAAAGGGCUUCUAAGUGCUGACUUUCUUGAACGUUUAUCAACGUGGAUCCUAGUUCUUCUUUCCAUUUUAUGCAUAUUCAUAUUGUUUGUUAAAUACAUGAUUUUUGUGAAAAGAAAACCGGGCGGAUUUGACGAAACUCAAAAUUCUUUGUUUUCUGUCCUCCUCCGUUUUGGUCUUCAACAACAAGUCAAUGGUAUGAGCCAGAAUACUACCCAGACUUUUAAAGUGUGAAUAAUUCAUGGAUUAGAAUUUGCCUGCUUGAAAAAAGAAAGUUAGAUAAAACGAGGGAGGGGGGAUAAUAAAGAGACAUAUUCAUAAGGGUUAACGGAAUGGCCACUGCGGCUUCCAACCCCUAUCUGCCCAGCAAUAGUAUUCUAUCGUCAGGCUCGAUCGUCCAUUCUGACUCUGGAGGUGGUAUGCAGCCGGGCAGCGCUGCCGUAACCUCGGUGUCCGGCGGGUACAGGGGAGAUCCCACAGUAAAGAUGGUGCAGAGCGACUUCAUGCAGGGUGCCAUGGCGGCGAGCAACGGGGGUCAUAUGCUGAGCCAUGCCCAUCAGUGGGUGACAUCCCUGCCUCACGCCGCCGCCGCUGCAGCUGCGGCCGCCGUGGCAGCAGCAGAAGCCGGGUCCCCUUGGUCGUCUAGUCCCGUUGGAAUGACGGGCAGCCCUCAGCAGCAGGACGUCAAAAAUAAUUCGGGCAGGGACGAUCUACACACAGGCACCGCGCUACAUCACAGGCCCCCUCAUCUUGGUUCCCACCAGACACACCCAGGAGCUUGGGGUGGUACCACUGCGGCUCACAUCCCUUCGAUAGCGGGUGGACAGCAGCAGCAACAGUCGCUGAUUUAUUCCCAGCCUGGUGGUUUCACCGUGAACGGGAUGCUGAGUCCGCCGGGGAGUCAGAGCUUGGUGCACCCGAGUUUGGUGCGAGGAGACCCGGAGCUCGACCACGGAAGCCAUCACCACCAUCACCACCACCAGCAUCAGCACCAUCAGCAGCCGCACCACGGCGGAGUUAGCAGCCACGACCCGCAUUCAGACGAGGACACGCCGACUUCCGACGACCUGGAGCAGUUCGCCAAGCAGUUCAAACAGCGCCGGAUCAAACUGGGCUUCACCCAGGCGGACGUCGGCUUGGCUUUGGGGACCCUGUACGGAAAUGUCUUCUCUCAGACCACAAUCUGCAGGUUCGAAGCGCUCCAAUUGAGCUUCAAAAACAUGUGCAAGCUGAAGCCGUUAUUGAAUAAAUGGCUGGAGGAAGCUGAUUCGUCCACCGGGAGUCCCACUAGCAUCGACAAGAUAGCGGCGCAAGGCAGGAAACGAAAGAAGCGCACCUCGAUCGAAGUGAGUGUGAAGGGGGCUUUGGAAAGUCACUUCUUGAAAUGUCCAAAACCCUCUGCCCAGGAGAUAACUUCUCUGGCUGACAGCUUGCAGUUGGAGAAAGAAGUUGUCAGAGUCUGGUUUUGCAAUCGGAGGCAGAAAGAGAAAAGGAUGACGCCCCCGGGAGUGCCGCAGACGCCGGAGGAUGUGUACUCUCAGGUCGGCAAUGGUCACUUUUUAGUAGAUUACUUAAAAGAUGCGAGUGUAACUGGGCCGAGCGAACCAUGCGACCAGAGGGUGACAACAACAAGUUCGUUCCAUCAGGUAAUUUUGGCGCACUAACAUGAACACGAAAAAAAAAGAAAAAACACAACCAAGUGUAAGAAAUGACUAUAUUUCAAAUUCACCUUCUAUUUACCGUGUAAUUGAUGUGUUUUGAGACAACAGAAGCAGACAUUUACGCAUUAAAAAGGCAAGAAGGGACUUAUAAUCCAAGCCGAUACAAAGACAAAAUUGUAGCCUACGCUAUGACUACAGAACGAAGAAAAGUGGAAUCCACGAAGCUUCGCACAUAUUGUACCAAGAGGACCGCAUGGUUUAAUAUUCCAAACAAAAAGGAAUUGGAGACCCCCCCCCUCCUCAAAAAAGAAAAAAAAAGAAAAAAAAUCUCCGUAUGACUCUUUGCUCUGUCUGAUCUGAAAGAUCGCAUCUUUUGAAAAGUGUCUUUUAUUUUUUAUUUUGUGGACCGACCCCCUAAAAUGGAUUUUUUUAAAGACAACAAAAAAGUGAGAAAAAAACAACAAAAAAUGACUGAAUAUCUGCUACUGCACUUAUCUGAAAUAUUCUCUUCGAAAUCCGUUGCCAAGCGUGACUGAAUGGGUGCUCUGGAUGUAACUAUGAUAACGCUGCCAUUUCCAAGCAGUGUUCUUUGGUAGGUUUUAAUAAUCAGACUCUGUAAAGUCGGCAAUAUAGAUUCCUUAGAUCAGAUACUGAUCUGAAUUAUUUACUUUAUAUUUUUCAUCAAAAUGACUUGUUUUAAUAUUUUAUUGGGGAUAACUCUGGACUGUUGCGAACGGUAAUUUAUUUUUCCCAAGACCUUGUAUGCUGUUUUUUUUUUCUUUCCUGUUUUUUGUUGUUGUUCUUAUUCGUUUUGUUUCAUUUUGUAUUAUUAUUAUUUUAAAAAGGAGCACAAAAUCAACAGAAACUGACAUGGACAGUUGUUAGGUAAUAAGGGUAUAUUUUGAUGUGAUAAUUUGAUUGUAAUUUAAUUUCAGUAGUGAUUCCGUCAGAGAUGAUUGAGAACAAUAAAUUUGUUAGAAUGAAA